AUGCUCGCUGGUUUACCGUGUACCGUUGGUUAUUUGGAUGACAUCGUAGUGGGAGGUCGAACGGAAGAGGAACAUCGGCGCAACCUUUUCCUUGUGUUGCAACGACUGCAAGCAUUCGGCUUCACUGUCCGCAUAGAGAAAUGCAGCUUUCACAUGCGGCAGGUGAAAUAUCUCGGACAGAUCCUCGAUGGCGAUGGAAUUCGUCCAGAUCCGGACAAGAUUGCUCCGGUUGUCAACAUGCCAGCUCCGCACGACGUCACCACGUUGCGCGCAUACCUUGGCGCAGUAAACUACUAUGGCAAGUACGUUCCAGAGAUGCGCUCCCUUCGACACCCCAUGGAUCAGUUGUUGAAGGCAGGAGAAAAGUUCGAAUGGUCACCAGCUUGUCAGAAGUCGUUCGACCGUUUUCGAGAAAUUCUUCAGUCCCCGCUUCUGUUGACGCACUACAACCCGAAACUUGAAUUAGUUGUGUCGGCAGAUGCUUCCUCCGUUGGUCUGGGUGCCCGGAUCGCACACAAAUUUCCGGAUGGCACCGUGAAAGCCAUUUGCCACGCUUCGCGCAGUUUGACAGCAGCGGAGAGUAAUUACAGCCAGAUCGAAAAGGAGGGCUUGGCUUUGAUAUUCGCCGUGACCAAAUUCCACCGGAUGAUAUUCGGACGGCGUUUCGUGCUCGAGACCGACCACAAGCCUUUGCUCGCCAUAUUCGGGUCGAAAAAGGGCAUCCCCACGUACACCGCCAACCGGCUCCAGAGAUGGGCGUCGACACUGCUCCUCUACGAUUUCGACAUACACUACGUGUCGACAGAUGCUUUCGGACACGCGGACAUCCUGUCCCGCCUUAUCAAUCGCCAUGUUCGUCCGGAAGAGGACUAUGUUAUAGCCAACAUCGAGUUCGAGAGCACCAUCCGCAGCAUCAUGAACCAAUCCCUGGAAGCCCUACCAGUUUCGUUCAAGACCGUUCAAGCCAAAACCCGCAUAGAUGAAACCCUGCAACAGGUGAUCAAGCACGUCAACACCACGUGGCCUACCAAGAAAACGAGCAUCACAGAUCCGCACAUUCAAGAGUUCUUUCAGCGUCGCGAGUCCCUCUCCAUCACCGCUGGCUGCUUGAUGUACGGCGAACGUUUGGUGUUACCAUCCGUUCUCCGAAAGAAGGCUCUCGUGGAGCUGCACAAAGGUCAUCCCGGUAUCGAACGUAUGCGGUCCCUUGCUCGACAGUACGUCUACUGGCCCCAUAUCGAUAAGGACAUCGAAAGGCUGGUGCAGACGUGCAACGAAUGUUCGAGUGUGGCGAAAACGGAUCGUAAAACCAACCUCGAGUCGUGGCCAGUCCCGGAGAAACCCUGGCAACGACUUCAUCUCGACUACGCCGGUCCUAUGGAUGGGUGGUACUUUCUGAUCCUAGUGGACGCCUACACCAAAUGGCCGGAGGUGGUCAGAACAAAAGACAUCACUUCUGCAGCGACAAUUCGCAUUCUCCGUGACAUUUCCGCCAGAUUCGGGUCCCCGGAGACACUGAUUACCGACAACGGGACGCAGUUUACCAGCGAAAUGUUCGAGGCCUACUGCGAGUUUAACGCCAUUCUUCACCUGAAGACCGCUCCCUUCCAUCCGCAGUCGAAUGGCCUCGCGGAAAAAUUCGUCGACACUUUCAAGAGGACGUUGAAGAAAAUAACCGCCGGAGGGGAAACGCUGCAAGAUGCCAUCAACACUUUUCUACAAUGCUACAGGUCCACAUCAUGUCGCACUGCUCCGGAAGGAAAGUCUCCUGCCGAACUUCUGCUUGGCAGACGAAUUCGCACGUCGUUAGAGCUGCUUCGACCACCGACUCCGGCGCACAAACUCGAAAACUCCAAGCAAGAUCAGCAGUUUGACCGGCGGCAUGGUGCGAAACCAAGAAACUACAUCCGUCAGGACCUCGUCUGGGCCAAAGUGUUCCGUAACAACAAGUGGCACUGGGAAGCAGGAGAAGUGCUCGAACGCAUUGGCCAGGUCAUGUACAACGUCUGGUUGCCUGGGAAGCAAACCAUGAUAAGGUCCCACUGCAAUCAGCUGCGAACACGUCAUCAUUCCGAAAAUAAACUGCCUGCGACCGAACCAGCAAAAGCUCCGUUGAGUAUCCUGUUGGACUCCUGGAACCUACAGAGUCCGACACCCGUGCAGGAGGAGCGGCCUUCUCUUCCUCUAGAGAUGGAUGAAUUCCCGCCGCAGGCCAGUGUUCAACGACAACGCAAUCUCCCUAGACAACUGCAACAACCAACAGCAGCUCGCAGAUCUUCGAGGACUCGAAGACUUCCUGCGAGAUAUGAUCCCUACCACCUUUUCUAA